AUGUCUUCAGAGCCCAAGGAAAUUCAACCGAAACAUUCGAGUAAGGAAGACGUCGCCAUUGUAACGAACGACGCGUAUGAACCGAUCCUGCUGGCUGGCAGCGGUAGCAUUGGCAUCGUCUACUUCUCGCUUAGUAGGCAGGAUCAUGACGCUGCUGUGAAGACCAAGGCUACCAACACAUUCGAAGACUUGAGGUCCAAAUUGGUAACCGUAAAGGUCUGCCCAGAUAUGCAUCUGGACUCUGUGGAGUUGAAAACACUCCAGACGCUAAAGGAAAAUGUUGAUGAGGACACCGAGAAGAUGUUCGCAUCGUUGGUAGCCUCCGGACAUCCAUGGAUCGCAACCAAGGCUAUAGUUCCAUCGGUAAGCCUGAUAAGUCUGACAGACCUCGAACACCCCGUUGCCAAAGAACUGGUCCUACAUUUCCUACUCGAGAUGACUAAAGCAUGUAUCUUCAUGCACGAAGUCUGCGAGCCUCGCUUCGUUCACAGGGAUCUACACCUUGGUAACAUGCUCAUUGAUGCAAGCUACCAAACGGAGUGUGGAUUCCCAGGACUGGUCGUGAUCGACUUCGAUCAGAGCGAGCCUGUGAAUAUCGUGAAUGCUUGGAGCGAGUGGCGAGUAGAUUCCUGCGUGAUGGUGAGUUAUUUGUUGAAAAAACCCUACGGAAAGGAGGUCGAUGGCUGGCAUGAUAUAAAUCACGCUUGGUUUGAUGGUACAGGCCCGGUAUCUCUCCGAUCUCUGCGCGACACUCUGCAAGACAUGUUGACAGAAGCAAUGGCGAGUAUGACACCGGACAAGAUGCGUUCCAUCUUGGAUCCAGUCAAGGCUGUGAUCGCGAAGAAGGAAGAUGAUCUCCGACAGGCGUUUCGUGAGGCUGGUCUGAUGGACUAG